UAUGAAUCCGGACUUAAAGAGGUGUUCCCAGAACUUCAAGCUUAAGAAAUUAAACGGUCAAGGCCAGACUAAAAUAUCCCUAGUAGAGAAUAAGAAUUACACUUUGUUUCAUUCACAAAAGAAGGCUAUGAGAAAGCAAAAGAGGGGGAGGAAUAUAUGAAUCUCUCACAGUUCUUCAGAAAGUGUUGAAGGAAAGCAGAGUGAGCGCAAAUAGAUACCCAAAAGAUAUAAAGGAGGAUAAAUACAAUAAUGAAAAAUUUAACCAGGAAAGAAAGAAAUAUAAAAACUUACUUGCUAAGAGGGUGACACUUCAUCUAAAUAAAGAUUUAUUAGAUGUGUGAACGGUUGACAAAGAUAAUUACCUCACAAAAAGUUGAUCAAAAACUAAAACUAAUUCAAAACCAAUGAAAAAGAAAAGAUGACUUACUUCUGAAAAAUAUGGCAGAAAGUGUUCCAAACAAAAACGCAAUCCUGGGCUAAUAAAUACUGACAAAUCUAGUCCCUUUUUAUUAGCUCCUCGUUCUCCUCAAGAUCAAUCUCGAACUCCCAAAGAUAACCUAGUUUCUCCAGAUAACUCAAACAAAAAAUAAACUGAAUAAAAUUCGAAUGCAAGUGCGGAAAGGGGAAACCCUCCGCUCAGAUAUAGAGAUAGGUGUAGAUAAUAGUAGCAAUAGUAGAUCUAAAUUCAUUGUUAAAGAUAAUACUACCAUUAAAAGAAAAUCUCCUCUAGAUUAUGAAGCAAAUAAUCCAAAUCUAAUGCAGACCCAAACUCUUUACAGUAACUUUGCCAGUCUCCAAACUCGUAAAAGGGAGAGACCAAGACAUCGGAAGAUAAAUAGUGUAUAUGACCCACCUAAAAUGACUCUAAAACUUCAUGAUUUCUUAGCUCCUGAGGAUAGGCUCCCUGUGAAACAAAGAAUUGAGCAGUUGCAUUUUCUCACUAAACAACAGCAGAGGGUGAAAAAUGAUUUCAAUGUCACAAUGGACCAUAUUUAUCAAAACCACAAAAGAAGUUUUAGCUUCAAUCUUCAAGAUUUCCGCCUCAAGGUAUCACAGAAGGAAUCUCCUCAAGAGCCUAAAGAGGUCAUUAAGUUCAGUGUAUCAAGCAAUUGUGACUCAAAAGAGAUUUCUGAAAUCUCAAGUUGGGACGAAGACGAUUUCAAUAGUUCCUCUACUAGAAUCAAGAAGGAAGUAAAGCACAUCUCUUCUAUCAAGAUGGUCAGCAUGAACAAGUUCAAUACACGUUCGUUUGUUAAGAAAAGUCAGGAGGAAGAAAUUCACAACUUCCGCUGUAAGCUUGGGAGUUCUGGUAAAACUAUCAAAGAUUUCGAAAUGAGCAAGAAAAUAAGUAAAUUCAUCGACUUCCCCAUGUACAUCGGGUACUAUUUCAGAGAAAGUUUUAGAAACUCUAUUGGCAAUUUUCAGGGAACCAAGAAUCUAAUCAUUAAGAAAUUCCUUGAGAAUCCAAAGGUAAUCCAAAUAGAAAAGGACAUAUUUUUGCCUGAAAAAGUACUUGCAUAUAAGGAUUUAAACCAGAAACAUGUCAUUCACAGUUUGCAAGGAUUAAGCUGCUGCAAUGGGUUCUUAAAUGGGCCAGAUUGUGAGUAUAAGUCUAGAAAAGUUACACUUCCGCAUACUAAUCGUAAAAAGCUAGCUGUAUUUGAUAUGGAUGAGACCUUGAUUCAUUGAGUUCCUUACUCGUGAUACAAAGACAAGCCAGAAAUGAUUGAGGAAUGAGAUGUCUCAAUUGACUGUGAUAUUGGCCCUGACAACAAGCUUUAUGUAAAUAUUCGACCCUAUAUCAUCGAAGCAUUGAGGGAAAUAAAGAAAGAGUAUCAGAUAAUUGUAUUCACAGCUUCAGUCCAGCAAUACGCUGAUCCUAUCCUAAACUUCAUUGAUCCUGACCAUCAAUUAUUUGAUGAAAGAUUUUAUCGAGAAAGCUGAUUUGACACUGGAGAUGGAACCUCGGUAAAAGAUCUCAGAAUUUUCGAAGACCAAUGGGACUUAAAGAACAUUAUACUAGUUGAUAACUUCACUGUAUCAUUUGGAAUGCAAGUCAGUAAUGGUUUCCCAAUUUUGCCAUUCUAUGAUCGAAAAGAUGAUCUUGAGAUGGUUUAUCUGACAUAUUUCUUAAAAAGAAUAGCUAAAGAAAAUGAUAUUAGGAUUAAGCUAACUGAAAGCUUUUGGCUUGAAACACUUAAGAUUCCAGAAAUUUGAGACUCGAUCACUGGGGUCAUUGAAUACGCUGUAGAAGAAAUCUCUGAAGAUUGAUUUAAUACUCUCAAUAAUAAAACUCCUAUUCAUUCAAGAAAGAACACUAAGUUAAUAAAGGUACAAGAGCCAGUGACUCCUUGAAGUAUCUAUGAUGCUCCUUCCCAAAUAGUUCCUAGCUCGCAUGAUGUAUUUUCAAAAUUUACUAAGAAAAGCUACGGAUGAUCUCCAAGCAGCAUCGAACUUACUAAGGAAAAGGUUAUUGAAGCUACUGACAACCUCGAAGAAGCCUGAGAUUUGAGCAUAUCGAAAGAACCUGAGGUUCAGGAUAUCCCAAAGAAAAUGCACCAGGCCUUCCAUCAGAAGUCAGUUGUCUCACUCUCUACAAAGCUUAAUCAGAACGAUAGUGAGACUUGUGCAAAUAUUGGCCAUGAUGAUCGGAUAUUCAACAUUGCUUUUCUUAGUGAGAACCUGCUGAACAAAAAUGUUGGAAAAUCCCCAAUCUCUAAUCUAGAAUCAAUCAGAAGAAAUAUCUGAUUCACCGAAGAGGCUGCUACUACAGAGGAGGAUAUCAAUCUUGACAGCCUCCAGGAGAAGGAGAAUGAAAGUCGUAGAGUCCCUCAGAUUUUAGGACCUGCAAGCAGCCCCAAAAAACUAAUUGAUCUGUAA